UUUGUGACAAAGGCAUCGCUCGGCCCUUAAACAAGGCGAAGAACUCCGUGACACAAAGAAGACUUUCGUCUUGGCUGCAGUACAGGCAACGCAUUUAACUUGGAGACAUGACUCUCGGAGACUCAGGGAUGGGACUCGGGUUAACGACCUGGACAAGUAGAGCUUCUGUAGCCUGUUAGCGGAUUCCAGCGGGAAAAGCGAACGACGUUUUCCUCCGAGGAAGGAAAACCAUUUCGGAGCUACGAGGACGAUUUGGACAGAUUUCCAUGCGAUUUCGAAUGGGCCGAGGUCCCAGACCAGAUCAGGUGGAGGCGGAAGGAGGCUGCAAGGUUUGCGUUCAGAAGGCAGAGUGAAGCGCGAAGGUAGCGGAAUUACGAUUCCGUUGUGAUUUUGUGGUGUAACGCGGUUGAUUUCUCGCAUUGCUGCCUCGUUGCGUAGCGCAGAGGGAGGGAAAUUGGUUCCUUCGGGUUUUAUCUGAGCAACGUAACAGGCUGUCUGUGAAUGCGAUCGAUGUGAUUGAGCCGGGUUGGGUCUUUACUUCGUGUGGGGCUGAGCUUCAACUGCGACUGCGAUCUGGAGAAGGGGAGAAUAUUAGAAAAUAUUGUGUAGUUUGAGGGUCGCAGAGACGGAGAGCAAGCCGGAGGAGUAGUACAUUGUAUUUUCCUGUGCCUGAUUGGCACAUUUUAGGAUGGGGCUUCUUUCAAUUAUCAGAAAGGUGAAGAGAAAAGAGAAAGAGAUGCGCAUUCUGAUGGUAGGGCUAGACAACGCUGGAAAAACCACUAUUGUGAAGAGAAUAAAUGGCGAGGAUACCAGCGGCAUCAGCCCUACCCUUGGAUUCAAUAUCAAGACUAUGCAAUUCAAGAGUUAUCGUGUCAACAUUUGGGAUGUUGGAGGGCAGAAAACUCUUAGGUCGUACUGGAGGAACUAUUAUGAGCAGACAGAUGGGAUGGUCUGGGUUGUUGAUAGUUCUGACAUUCGGCGUCUACAAGACUGCCGAGAAGAGCUUCACGGCCUUCUUCAGGAAGAGAAACUAAUGGGGGCCUCUCUCCUCAUAUUUGCGAACAAACAGGAUUUGAAGGGAUCAUUGUCCCCUGAAGACAUCGCUAAGGUACUGGACCUCGGACUCAUGGACAAAAGUAGGCAUUGGCAGAUCGUCGGUUGUAGUGCUGUUACAGGCAAGGGACUUCUGGAUGGGUUCGAUUGGUUGGUAUCGGACAUCGGUUCCAGAAUUUACAUGCUGGACUGAGAAUGAAGUGUCCUGUCGAGCUUAAACUAGAACCGGAGCUCAAACUACCCUCCUUGGUGACGGUGUUACCCUGUUUGCAGUUACUGCACGGAUGGAACCUAGUUGACCAUUCAACGUCGUGUGGCUUGCUGCUCUUGUUUCCACAUAUGCUCACAAGGUUCUGGAUGGCCCAUACAUUAGCUGUACCACCGUUCAGUCCACCGAGUAACUUUAUCAUUGUCGGUGCCUGAAGUGUCACGAACUUGACCAGCUGAGCACUAAAGCGUCUUGCACUGUUGUGUUUCAUGGUGAAUCCAAGAGGACGUCAUUCGACAUCAACUCAUGUGAACUUGGAUGUGCCAGGAGCUAGUGUGUAGUCUUACUUAUCCAGUACUUUCGGGAACUGAAAGGGUCAGUUAAGCAAGGCUUUGUGCCGCGAUUAUUAUAUCCCUCUCGUUAUGAACUCUGCGGGAAUCGUGUUCACCUGAAGAGCUACUCAGUGGAUUAAUUAUCACUGGUAUUGAUCAGUGAUAUUGAACUAGAAGUACAGUCCGACUCACUGGCUCUCGAGCCAGUGAGUUGUUCUGACGAAAGACUGAGCUCAUGGUACUGUGAUAGCUGGACAAAGUAUACUUCGAGGCAGUCCAAGAGGAGUGUCUCAUUGAAGUGGCCAUGUUAGAGCCCUCAUGAUUGUAAAAUAUUGAGAUGAUUGUACACAAGUGAUUCUAUCAGUGAGUUCCGUUAAGCGUGACCACUAUGCCUGGAGGAAUGUUAUACGUGUGCCACCAUCUGAAGCAGACCUUCGUCUGGCUGAUAGCAGGCGCUUGUAUUCAUUAGAUGUGGACUUACUGUGCAAGAAUAAUGAUCAUCUCAAGUGUACUUCGGUGACCAAUCAUAGCGAGGAGAGUCGGCCAAGGUAGG